AUGGCGCCACCGAAGAAAAAGACUCGAGCAAAGAGAAAGGACAUGACAUACGAAUGCGGUGAAGAACUGACGGGAGCAGCUGGACCAGCACGAAAACCGGUUGCUGGUGCUAAACAAGCUCAGACUCAAGCCCAAGCAAGAAAAGACUUAACCGCAGAUGUUGAGAAGACUGUCGACAACUACGUCGACGCGAUGAUAAGCCUAGGAAUUGAAGGGCUACGGAAACAAUAUAAAGAGCAACUUGCGAAUUACCGAGCGCCAGACGAAAAGUACAAAUUCACUGCUUUUGAAGCGAAUCCUGACAAAAACAGAUAUUUGGAUGUCGUCUGCUUAGACGAGACCAGAGUACGUCUAACCAUGGACGUCCCACCUAGUACCGAUUAUAUCCAUGCGAAUUGGGUUAAAUUCGAAGGUCAUGACAAGGUUUUCAUAGCAACACAGGGACCGCUUGAUAAUACGAUCGAAGACUUCUGGCGAAUGGUCUUCCAAGAAGGCUGUCCCAACAUCGUCAACCUCACUAAAUGUAUUGAAGAUGGAAAGGUUAAAUCAUCACAGUACUGGCCGCUUGAUCCCGGUGCCUUUCAAAGCUUCGGGAAAAUGUUCGUGAACACAAAAAAGGUGGAAUCCGAUGGAAAAUUUCUCAUAUACACCGUUGAGGUGUUGCCUGAGGGCUGCUCUAACUCUAACAUAGUGAAGGUGAUCCACAUGACUAGUUGGCCGGAUCGCGGUCUACCUAUGAGUGGUCGGCACGUUCUGCGACUGAUUCGGCAAGUGAAUGGCGAUAAACUGGACAACGGACCGGUAGUGAUGCAUUGUUCGGCCGGAAUAGGGCGGACAGGAACGAUUAUUCUGAUUGACGUUAUUCUGCGCCGUCUCUUCAGGGGGAAAGAAAUAGACAUGGUCGAUAUGUUCAAACAGCUACGAAAUCAGCGCGCUUCGUGCAUCCAGGUCGAGGGACAGUACCUAUUCGUUGUCAUCAGUGUUCUAGACUAUAUAAAGCAUCGGAAAUUUCGAGAGGUUCGAAAGAUCGGAAAUAAUUUGGUGGACGAUCCCAACAGCUACAAUACGGUUGACCACCGAAUGAAUUCAGUGGUCACUCGUAAUGGUUCUAAUGCUUGCUGUUUAAACGACGCCUAA